AUGGCCGCUGUGAUGGCGCAGCACGCGGGCGGCCUGGUGGGGAUGCAGGCGCCUGCCCCGCUGCUGCAGCCGCAACUCAUGCCGCAGGCGCAGCUGCCCCCAGCGGCGGUGCGGCUGGAUGCCUACCGGAAAGUCUUCGCCAUCUUCAUGGCCGGCUCUUACGACCUGGCGAAGGAGGAUGCUCUGGCCAGCCUGCGGCUGGGCCUGGUCAUCUCAGACAGGGAGCACGAGUCGGUGAAAGCGGCGGCCAUGGCGGAAGCCCAGCACCACCUCCAGCUGCACCCGCUGCCCAGCCACGCAGGCGGCGGCGGCGGCGGCGGCGGCUCCCAGGAGCUGUCGGCGGCGCACAGCAGCGGCGCGGCGGGCAGCCGCGGCGGCGGCGCCGCGCCGCCGCGCCGCGCCACCCCGGCCUCGGGCGCCAAGGCGGCCGCCGCGCCGCGCAAGCGCGCCCGCGUGUCGGACGGCGGCGCCGGCGCGGCGGGCGGCGGGCCCGCGGCCGCGCGCGGCGGCAGCCGCGCCGGCGCCAGGGCGCAGGCGGCGGGGCCCACCUCGCCCGCGCCGAGGGCUGCGCCGGGGGUGGUGCUGGACCCUCUGGUGGGGCACGUCGUGAUGCGCCACUGGCCCAACGACGGCGGCUGGUUCCGGGGAGUCAUCUCAGACUACAGGCCCGACACGGGAGACCACUGCAUCAUCUACGACAUGGGCAGUACCACCGAGAGCUUCGAAUGGUAUCGUAUCCGCGGCGCCUCGCAGCAGGCCUGCCUGGUCCAGGAGGAGAAGGUCGACUUUGCCAGCCUUAGCCUGCCCACGGCAGCGGGGGGAGCAGCAGCGCCGGGCGGCGCCAAGGGCAAGAGGCCGCCGGCGGGCGCAGCCGCGGGCGCGCCCCCCCGCGGCGCCGCCGCCAGCGGCAAGCAGCAGCCGGCCGCGGCCAGCAAAGCGGGCGCAUCGCGGCAGGGCGCCGGCGCCGCCAAGCCCGCCGCCAGCGCCGCCAAGCCGGCGUCGGCCAGGGCGUCAGCAGCCAAGCCCGCGGGCAAGCCCACGCCGCCGCCGCCGGCAGCGCAGCAGGCGGCGCAGCCGGCGGCGCCCGCGGCGCAGCAGCAGCAGCCAGCCAGGAAUGGCAAGACGCACUCCCACCACAACGGCCUGACCAGUCACGCGGCGGCAGUCAAGCAAGCACUGGCAGCGGGCGGGCGCCCGCCUUACCUGAAUGGACACACGCUGCUCCCCCGACGCACGCGCAAUUGGAGCAGCGAUGAGGACAGCUCUGACGAAGAUGACGACGAGUGA